CCUCAGAAGAUUCAGAUCCUCUUAAUCUAGGUCAAAAUAAUUAAUCAACUUUUUUUCUGGCUGUGGAUGUUGCGAUUUUUCUCAUACGGCCUUCCAUUCCGUGAUAUUCUUAAUACUCAACUGAAAUCUAGGCUAUGGCGAGCACUGGUAAACAAGAGUGACUAAAUCACUGAAAAAAAUCGUUGAAAUUACUUAAAACAACGUGAUUCAUGAUCCAAAACACGCCCAUACAAACAUAAAGGUUAAUGGCGCCUGUUCCCUAGUACAAACUAAACUCAGCACAGACACAUCGCUCAACGUAAAGAAAACAACCGUCAAUAGGGACCCGACGAAGGGCAAGAAAAACAAUAACAAACCCCUAUACAUGAAUCAGCCUUCGAAAAAUAGGGCUGCAGGGAAAGGCGAUGUGUGUGUGUAGAAUCUAAUCACGGAUCGAUUUGCGUUCUUUGUUUCCACUUUCGAUUUUGAUAAGAUUUGACGUUAUUUCGUUGUUUUGAUUACCGUCUGUCCUGUGUUUGUUGUGCGCUGCGUACGCUGCGAGCAAUUUUGCUUGCCAGAAUCGUGUCAGUAGGUGAUCCGCAACAACGCAACAGUUCCGUAUUGUGAAAAACGGAAAAGAAGAAUCCAUUUCCGUAACACUCACUCAACCCCCUGCAGAGAAGCAAUGGAAUCGAACGAAGUGGACGAGAAAAUCCCAUUAAAGCUGGCGCAAAUAUCGAUCGACAAGUUCAACCAGACGAUCCCCCAGUACCUGACGGUGCUGCAAAACCAUAAAUGCAACAUCGAAAAGGCUGGCUCGCUGAACGAUUGGGAGAAGGUCAAACGGGAACAGCUGAACGCGACGCGUAUCGUAAAGCAGAUACGGUUUAUGCUGGUGGAAAUAGAUAAAGUGCGCCAGCGGUUGCGACCGACCGAUUAUGACCGUUUCGAUGAGGGUAUUGAGUCGACCAAGAAGGAUGCGUUUAGCAGCAUGGCGGAGUACAUGGCAAUGCAGCAAACGUUACGUGCCCAGUCCGCACGGGACUAUCAGCAGCGCCAGUACGAUGAGGAAGAACGGUCCGGUGAUAACAAUGCCCAGUAUCCCACCGGUGGUCGGUUGGCGUACGUUCCACAGAUUACCAGCUCGUACAACAUGGAGGAGCACGAGCUACGCCAAAGAGAAGAAUGCCUACGGCAGAUGGAACAUUUACAGCACGAAAUGGAGGACAUCCAGGAGCUGUACCAAAAGGUGCACGAUUUGGUGCACGAGCAGGGCGAAACAGUUACCAAGGUCGAGGAGAACGUCGAUGUGGCGCAGAUCCAGGUGGAGGCAGGUGUAACGGCGCUACAGCGUGCGCUCGCGUACAAGAAAGCGGUUUACCCGUUGGCCGGAGCAUUCCUUGGCUCGUGUAUUGGUGGUCCAAUCGGGUUAGUGGUAGGGCUGAAGGCUGGCGGAUUGGCCGCACUCGGCGGUGGGCUGGUCGGGUUUGCCAGUGGGAAAUUCAUCAAAAACGUGGACGCUAUCCCGGACAGUGAUGAGGUCGGUUCGAACGAUAGUGCUACGGAAGCGACAGCCGGCGAUGCACCGGCCGAACCGGGCGAAACGCAACCGAUCGCAUCGAAAACUUGACAACUGUUUAACCGCUGCACGAUUCAGUAAUCUGUCGAAGUACGUUCAGCAGCCACCAGUCGAUUUUACUCACGGACGGGGAGAGCGUUGUUAGUUUGUAAGAGCUGUACAUUGUUGCUGGAGCUUGCGAGUUGGAAUUGCUUACCGAUUGCUUACCAAUUUCAUGAACAAUUCUCCGCUGGUAUUCUCCGAUUAAUCGCCGCCGUAUCACCAUUAUCCCAUUACACUAGCCACUAAUGUGAAUGUUUGUAUCCGUCGUUACAAUGGAAAUAAACCCAAAAACCACGUUCUUUGUGUUACUAAUAA